GGGACCGGUGCAUUGACAUGUGAUAAAGGGGAGACCAGUAGACGCGCUAUUUCUGACUGUAAAAACAAACCUGUAGAAGAAGGGAUACCAAAUGUACAUGGUCUUUUGCCAGAAGUGAAUACGGAUUCAAUCGUUCCGACAUGGCAUCAGGAACAAUCUUACAAUGCCAAUCCUAGAAAUGAAAACAGCAGUAGACAGACUCCAUUUGAAUAUACAGAAGGGAUUAAAGAUGUAGGUAAACGCAUUUUUCUAAUACUAGAUUACAUACCCAAGGGAUUCCGAUUCCGUCCAAGAGAGGAAGAGCUCGUAAGUCACUACCUCAAGCGCAAGUUGUAGGGUGAUGAUGCCUCUGUGAUCAACAUCAUCCCUGAGAUUGAACUCUGCUGUGUUGAGCCUAGUGAUAUUCCAGCCCGUUGUUUGAUAAAGACCAAUGGACGAGAAUGGUUUUUCUUCAGUCCUCUUCAUUACAUGAAUGCUGGUAAAAGUAAACGGGUGAAGAGGGAAACCGAGAGAGGGUUCUGGAGAAUCACUGGAAAUGACACUGUAAUCAUGGAAACGGGCACCAACAAUGUCAUUGGGACAAGGAAGGCUCUUCAUUUCCAUGAAGGCCGCCGCAAGAAUGAGACCAUAACCAUCUGGGCUAUGCAUGAGUAUCAUGCUGCUGCUACCUCAGAUCAUGCCCAUCAGAGGAACUUUGUUUUAUGUCGCUUGAUGAACACAGAAGAGAAGAAAACUCAACAGGGAACCGGUGCAUUAAUAUGUGAUAAAGGGGAGCCUAGUAGACACAAGGCUUCUGACUGUAAAAACAAAGCUGCAGAAGAAGGGAUUCCAGAUGUACAUGGUCUUUUGCCAGAAGUGAAUACGGAUUCAAUCGUUCCGACAUGGCAUCAGGAACAGUCUUACAAUUCUAGUUCUAGAAAUGAAAACAGCAGUAGUCAGACUCCAUUUGUAUAUACAGAAGGGAUUACAGAUGCAUUUGGUAGUUUUCCUGAAAUGAAUGAGGAAUCAAUCCUUCAGAUAAUGGAUCAGAAAGUAUGCCCCUCAAUCCAACAGUCCCGGGAUAUCUUUGAUGAGGAAGUGUUUCUCCCAAAGCUUCCAUCUCACAAUGCCAAUUUUAGAAAUGAAAAUAGCAGUAGGCAGGCUCCAGUGGAAAUUACUGAAGAGGAAGAUGAGUAUUUGAAUUCAGAUGUUCCAGAUGGGAAAUUUGUUUUCACCGAAAAAAGAAGAAACGCUUUUGUGAAGUGUUCCACACAGCCCUCAUUGAGAAGGGUUUACUAUGAAAGCAGUGACACAGAUGCUGAAGUAGUCUCUGCACUGUGUUUCAAUAUUGUGGAUACUUCAACAGUGCGUGACGAUCAUCCUAGUUCAGGUGAAUAUCAUGCAUCAAAAAUGUAUAAAUCCUCACAUGGAGUGAAGGCAUCAUCCUGUGACUCAACUGCAGAUGAAGCAUUGAAGAUCAAUUGUAUUGGAAAUUCUGGUUCUCUUUCUCAAAGGAGAUGGAAAUAUCAGUAUCAUACCAAACCAUUCAUAUCACAAAGAUCUGCUGCCAGGUAUCAAUAUCAACCACAGAGGAAGCUUUCAGGCAAUGCAGUAUCCAAUCUUGAGGCGAGAAAACCAAGCAGCUGUACUAGAAAAAUGAAGAAGCCAGAAAAGGAUCACGUGAUAGCUCGAAAUAGUAGUUCAAGAAAGAAUUCAGAAACCAGAAACCAUCAAUCCUCUAAUGUCAACAGAGAAGGUUCUUUCAUCUGCCAGGAGACCGCUUCAUCAAGCCCAAGCCUAUUUCUUCUUCUUGCUAACAUAGUUUUAGGGAUUUUGUUCUUCAUGUUGUGCACAGUUAUUUGUUUGGAACUGUUAUCAUAUUAGAAGUGCUGUUAGUGCAUGUAAAAGGCUAGUGAGGUCCCAUGGAUCAUUUUUCACAUGUUAUUGCUACUAGCCUACUAGCCGAGCUUUGUUUCAGUACUUUCACUUUCAUCAUAAUAAGAUGGUGGUUAAGUGUAUAUACUUCACAUUGAUUUUCCACCUUAUGCAAGCUUACUGCAUCUUUUUACAUAAUGAAAUGUCUAGACA